AUUGACUUUAGCUUUUAUUUUGUAAUGUCCUACAUUUUUCUAGAAUGUCCUACAUUUUGGCAGUGCCUUGUCCUCCAAUGCGGUUAUGACAUCUGGUCACCCGGCCUUUGGCCUGGUCAAGGAAGGCCAUUUUUAUAUAUUCAAUGCACUCCUAUAACCAGGGACACUUUGGCUGUGUAUGUCACAACAACAACAACAACAACCCCUUUUAUCACAUUUGAUUGCAUUUUAUUCUUUUAAAGAGUGGUGUGUUUUAACACUGUAAUAGUUUGAUUCUAGUUGACUGCUCACUUUUUGUAUGCUUUUAAUUGUGUUGCCCUUUUCGGUUGUGAGGCGCUUUGAGUCCCAAAGCGGAAAAGUGGGAUAUAAAUAAACAAACAAAUAAAUAAAACAAUAACAACAACAUCAAUCUGAGCUGCAUUUUCUGGUUAGCCCCUUGGCAGGACCACUGAUGCUGAAUGUCCAUCCGACCAGCAGCUGCCUGUUGCCAAGAGAGACCUUUGCGCUGCCCAAGGGCUCGCAUUACGCAUAAACCCACAAGGCAAUAUACAUUAUUUAUAAAGCUGCCAUCUCUGUUACAUGAAGGAGAAGUGGGUUUUUUCUGGAACCGAAAAAGAAGCUCCCUCAGCAGAAAUAGCAGAAACAAUGGAAUCCUUUUCUCUCAAUGACAUCUGCGACAUCUGUGCUGUUGUUUAUACCAAAUCCACUGAGAGAAUCAUUUCACCCAUGGUUGCUGAACUUUACCAUUUAAUUAUAGCAACAGAACUAGGAGAAGUGAACUAUGAAGGGCUUUCUGGUUUAGAGACGACUGCUGAAGAAUUAGCUGGGGCUACAGAAGAGCUUGCCUGUAUUGCCAGGAGGCUGGCUGAGGAAUCAGAGGAUGAGGUAUUUCAGCAGGUAAUGAUGCCAGCAGCUGAAUCUCUCCUGAUAGCCGGGAAAAACAUCCUUCUGGUGGCACAGAAGCUCCACCUUCAACCUCGCACUGAUAACUGUAUUGGGGAACUGGCUGUAUCUGCAAAAAGGAUUCUUUUGGAAACCAUAAAAGUCCUCCAAACAGAAGAUAAUGCUGCAGUCAGAAAGAUAAUCCAAGCUGCCUGUUGGCUCUUGGACUGCUUGGUCAUGCUUGAAUCUGCUGAAGAUGUAUCAGCAAUGCUGGCUGCUUUCCACACUUUUUCAGAGGCUUUGUUGCUGCUGACCAAUCUGACAGAAAGAUUCCUCUGGGAUCUUAAAGAAGCUGCUCAUCAGACGCACUUGGCUGAAUGCCUGCAGACCCUUAGAAACUGCAUUCCUAUGCUACAUACAGCAAAACUCAGUAACCUAAAAUAUCCCAGUGAUCAGCAAGUGAAGCUAUCAAAAAGUUAUGUUUUUGAUUUGGCAAAGAACACAGUUAAGGAGUUGAUCUCUCUGCUGAGCAACAAUGCAGGGACCAAAAGGCUAAAUGAAAGACAUGGCCUCUUUCCCCAGUAUUUGCAUAAGCUUUUGAACCUCCUGUCCAAUCCACAGCCUAUUGAUCUACAGGAGGGCAAGUUAAACAUCCUCAUAGAAGUGGUGGUCUCCUGCUGCAUGCUGUUAGCUGAUUCAUCAAGAACAGCUCAAAAGCUGGAAUUGGUCAAACUUUGUUAUCAUGUUCUGAAAUUCAGAAAGGCAAUUGCCAUGGAGGUGUGCAUGGGUGAUGGGUUUCCAAUGGAAAACCAGAUAGACGAAAACAUAAAAGAGAAAUGUUUUGCCAUGAAAGCUGUUCUGGAAAACCUUAAUCAAGCGGUGCAUACUGCUGUUCUCUAUCAGAUCCUGGACAAUUUUGCUGAAACAAAAGGGCCACUGCUGAGAUUGGUAGAAGCUGCUCUAGAAUCAUGUUCUUUUGAGAACGGGGAACUCUUAAGAAAACUGAAGCCUCUGGUUGCUCAAUUCUUCAGUCAUUCUAACCAGAUGCUCAAAGGAGCCAAUUUUGUCCUUGCCACAUGCACCGAAAUAGAAACCGGACAAGACAUUGAAGAUUGCAUUGGCCAUUUGGGCAGACUUCUUGCCACAGUGCCUACCCUCCUCAGCAAAAAGAGUCCUGGUGAUGAGAGCAUGGUUGAAAAGUUACACUUCUUGUGUCAAUCAUGGUCAAGCACAACAGAAAGUUUGCUGACAUGUUUGGAUAAAGUGGUUAACCUACGUGAAUUUCUUGAUCUCGGAAUUCAGGAGAUGGUGAGACACAAAGAAGAGAGUGAGAAAGCUUUAGAGAAUCAGCACUCUGGAGAAUUUUCUCACCAUGUCUCCAGUCUUUCCAAACAAGCCACACAAGCAGUAGAGUGUGUUACCAGACAUGUGAAUCGCUCUAGGGACCCCAUUUUCCGGAAUGGGCUGCUUGUUUUACUUAAAGAACUAGAAAAGAGCCUAUUGCAAGUGAAAGCUGCUACACAUCAGUGUAUGACAAGAAUUGAUAGUCAGCAAGCCAAAGAUGAAUAUUCAAAGAAGACAAAAGAACUGAUUGAAUCAGCUUGCAAUGUCAGAAUGGGGCUAGAUGAAUGCAAUCAGCCAGAUAUUCUCAGCCCACUUCGGUUAGGUGUUCGAAAUCUCAACAUUUCCAAAGACUUUCCCAGUGGUUUCACUCCACAGGAUCUUGCAGAACAAGAUCAGUGCAGAGGUGUUGCAAAUGAUGAUGAUGAACAAUACACUAUAGAACAAAGAAGUUCAAACAAUUCAGAAUUAAUGACAGAGUUGUCAGGCAACUCUCUUCCAGCCUCUUGUCCUUCACAGAGAGGCAGUAUUUCAUUCUCUGAAAGUGCAACUGGAAAAGUGGAUUUACAUCCUUUGAUCAGUGAGCUUAUAACAGCAAUGGAAAUACUCAACACCACAAGGUUGAACAGUGCUUGUUCUGAUUUAUUGGAGUUUUCCAACUGUUAUGUUGAUGCAGCUAAAGAAGCUUUAAAAGUUGCCAAGACUCCUGAGUCUGAAAAACUACUGCAUUACCGAGAAAUAGUGGCAUUAAUCCCUUGUUUUAUUAGUUUAGCCAAAGAUGUAAAUCCAAACCAUUCUCCUAGCUCAGAGAAACGUCUGCAAACAGCAGUUUUGCUCUCUGAGAGAUUUGAUGAAGCUAAGCAAUGUCUGACCACUAUUGCAAGCUCUUGGUACCCCCUGGCUAAGCAGCUACUUUGCAAUACCUCUGCAUCUGAUUUUGUGGACAGCGGACAAAAGAUAGAUGAGAUAGUUCAGAUUUUAGGGAAUAUUGUUCAACUGGCUGGCAAAGCCUCUCAUGCAAACUAUGAGAAUGAGCGCUUAGAGUUUCCCAGACGUCAUGAAUGUUUUCUGCGUGUUCAAGGUAAAUUCACCUGUGUGCAAGCCAGAACAAAACACUUGCUUGAAAAGGCACCAGUGGUUAAUAAAGCUCACUCUGACCCAGCUCAGCUGGAGAGCUUUGAUGCAAGCUGCAUUCUCUGGUCUGUCACCAUCCAAAGUUUCCUUAACUGUUUGGAUCAGUUUAUAGGAAGUGAUGUGUUGUUCUUAAGUGACUUAACAAACACAAUGGACCACCAGCUUUCUUUGCAAAGCACCAUGGCAGUACUAUCAGAGACUACUCUGAGAAUACAAGAAGCCACCAGAUUGUCACUUCUGCCUUGCACUGGACAUGACAGCAAGAAUGAAAUUGUAGUGCUAAGGAAACAGAUGAAAACACUUAUGGAGUCUUUACUUCAUGUUGCAGAUGACCUUUCUGCCUCUCCAUUGCCUGCCCCAAAUUUGUCAGUCCGUUUUCAGCUUCUGCAAAGACAACUUGCCAUAACAGUCAAAGUCCUUCUGCUUCAGCUGAAUGUGGUCAAUGGAGAAUACCUCAGCAGCAUCCAAAACAUCAUCAGACUAACCCAGGUUGUGCCUUGUGACAAAGAAAGUGACUCUGGUAUAAUCAACAAGGGGGACUUUGAAAAAGAUGCAGGACAGCUUAUGGGAAAUAUCCAGAAGGUCAAAGGUAUAAUCAGAGAUGCUCCAGAGAACUCUUCUUCCUUGGAGGUGAAAGAGAAUUUACUUUCCACUGUUGACCAUCUCCUGCUACUUACUGAUGAGAUGAUAAGAAGAACUGCGAAACUUCAAAGUCACCUUGACAAGGAGCAUCUCCUGGUAGACAGUAUUCUACAUGAGUGGUCUGCUAAAGCUGGUUAUCUUGUGAGACAGCUUCAGUCUACAGAAAGUAUCAGUGAAAGGGCCCUCGAACAUGUUAGGAGAUGUUUGCAAAACAAUGUGGAACAUAUUCAUUCAAGUCAGCCUUUCUGUGAAACACAGUCUCUCUUGCAUAAGGACAAGGAUAGCAAAAUGCCUCAGGAUCUUGAAACUUCAACCCACAAGACUAUUAGAACCAACCAACGAGCUUCCUUUGUCAGGGACACAGAUAAAAUGAAAUGCUACCAGUAUCUUAGUUAUGAAUCUCCAGCAGAGACUUCUAUCAGGAAUGAGCAGGUUGGAGCUACUGGGGGAAAAAACAUAGACCAGUACUGUGGAAAUCCUCAAAGCAAGUUCCAGCCCAGUCACACCAUGGAAAACUCAAAAACCAGUCCUACCUCCUUGCUGGAAAAUUCCAAAAAGAGGCAACACAGUGUCUGUCUGAUCUCACAAGUCGUCAAGCAAAUGACAACUCAGAUGUCCUACAUGGUUCAGUUCCUGAAAAGGAGAGGGCCGGUUACGACCAAGGAACAGCUCAUUGCCUGUGCUACAGAAAUAAUUUCUGAAGGACAAGUGCUGGUGAAGUUUGCCAGCAUCAUUGCAAACAACUGCCGAGAUGAAAGAUGUGCAACUGAACUCAUGUAUGCUGUGGAGCAAACCAAGACAAUCAGUUAUCAACUCAGCAUCAUUUCCAGGGUUAAUGCAUCAACUGGCAGGAGCCGGUCAUCAGCAGAACACCUUGUCAGCAAUGCGCAGAAUCUAAUCCAUGUGGCUCUUCAGAUGUUGAAGAUGGCGGAAGCAGCUUGUGUCAAAGGUCUGAAGCAACCACCCCCUAAUUCAGAAGAAGCUGACGUAGCAGCAUUUUGCAGCCAGUGGAGAAAAUGCUUAUGGUGGCACAGAUUCAAGGAAUCACUGAACUCAGAAAGAGAUGAGUUGGGACUGCGCAAGACUGGAUCAUGGUCUGAACCUACCUUCACAUCUAUGACCCAAGAACUAUGUGCUCCAUAGUAAUAAUAACUACCCCAAUCCUGCUAAAAAAUAUUGACAACUCUUGGAGAUAUGAAAUAUAUUCACAACUAGCAAAAUGGCCACUAGAUAGGGACAAUAUGUAUGAUACGGCUAGGCAACCCAAUGCCCUCCUGAUAUUUUAGAUUACAGAAUCCCUUAAUCCCUGUCCAUUGACCAUGGCUGGAUGAGACUGGUGGGAAUGAUAGAUGGGAAUACCUGGAUGGAAUCAGACUGCUUAGCUGUGAUAUAUGAAAGUGUAGUUUUCAAAGGAGGCCUACAGCUACAGGGCUGUGUGCCAGUUCCAACAUCUCUUUGCUUCUGCCUUCGCCCUGCUUUUAUCUCACUUGUGCUGCUUCCUCCCACUCCUCAGUGUCCCCCUCCUCUUCCUUUCCUUCCCCAACACCCUCAGGAUCACUUAUGUUUAUGCACAUAAAGAGCCCUGAUGGCGCAGUGGUUAAAUGCCAGUGCUGCAGCCACAACGUUGUGAGUUCGAUCCCAGGCUCCAAGGUUGACUCAGCCUUCCAUUGUUUCAUAGGUUGGCAAAAUGAGUACCCAGCUUGUUGGGGGCAAUUGGCUAACACUUGUAAACUGCUUAGAGAGUGUAUAGUUCACUAUGAAGCGGUAUAGAAAUAUAGGUACUAUUGCUAGUGCUAGAAGCCUAUUGGUGUCUUGUGCAAGUGUAUGCUUCCUUAAUGUGGGACAUGUUGGAAGCGGUUGGACAUUUUUGUCUAUUGCAGAAUGCUUGUAUUCAAUUCAAAGUUGUAAAAGUGGAGGUGUGCAUGGAGCUUUUUAUUCUUUGCUUUCUCCAAUGAAGCUCUUCCCUAUACUGUGACCAAGCUUGAGGCACUAAAGCAAACAGAAUUAAAGAAUAAAAUAGAAACAGCAGAGUGAGCAGUAACUUAUACAGUGAAUUAGUAAGAACAUCUUGUAGUACAGUAUUGGAUUAAAACAUGUGGUAGCCCUCACGGCAUGAGUCAUGGAUAUCCAAUGAAUGUUCAUUUCCAAUGGCACCUUGAACAGCGAUAUAAUUGUAAAGCUCAUUGUUCUAAUGAAUGUGCCAGCUAAGGAACAACCAUUAUCCUCAUCAAUUUAUAUAACUGGUGCUUUUGUCAGCAGCAUUAGGUGGCUGCUGCUAUGGUAGAGAAUUGUGGUACUGAAAGGAGAGGGAAUACUGUGUAUUUCAUAAAUUAGAGUAACGGUAACCCAUACCAUGACCUAUCAUGAUAUUGUGAAGGGACUAAAAGAGAUUAUCAAGAUGUCCAAAUGGGACCAUGUGCUAAAUAAAAUUCUGACUGCUGUGUAUAUUACAUCACAAUAUGCCUUGGUGGACUGGAAGGCUUAGGGCAGAAGAUGGUAGAAUACAUUCCAGUGACCAAUGAUCACAAUGGAACACAAUUGAAUGGAGGAAAGGACCUGUCCAUUUAUCACACUGUUCUUACAUAAUAUACACAUAAUAGUCCAUGGAUAAAAGGCCAAUCUUCAGUACUUUUUGGCUGAAGUUUUGGCUACAAAAGAAAACCUUGAAGAAAAGAGUCCUGGAUAAUAUGUUAAACUGCAUGAGAAUGAGAUGCUGAUAAGACUUGUUGGUGGACUAAAUACUGACGCCAUAUGGAAGAAACUGUUAAAGAAUAGGUGAGAACUGAAUAGGUGCAGUUCCAGUUGGAGAGUGCAGAGGAAAGAGGGAAUACAUGGUUUAUUUAUUUGUCUUAAGUUGUAGGUAAAAAAGAUCAGCUUCAGGAAGGCCAGAAGCUCAAGGCCUUCUUUAUGUGAACUUUCUGCUUGCACUGUUUGAUGAAGAACUUCUCCAAAGCUUCAUCAAUGUGAACUUCAACUCAGAGAUAUUUACUGGUUCCUCUGCAGAUGUGAGGGAUGAAAGAAUGCGCUUUGAAUUGUCAGGGCGAAUUCAAUGGGAACACUUGGUAUGGAGAGGAAGUAGUUCUGGGAACAGAAAUGUUUUAGUUUAAAGAUGAAUGGCUAGCGAGCGUGUGAAAACAUUUGAAUUGCUAAUGGGUUUUAAUAUACACUGCAACCGAAAGUACCUCAGUCCUGACAAUAUCGCUUUUCUGUGCACAACUGCUGCCUUUGGAAAUUGUUUGGAAACUUCAGCGGGUCCAAAAUGCUGCUAUUGAGAAUAAUAGCCAAAAUACAGGCUAUGGGCCAGGGCUAAAGGGAUCGUGUGACUUCUCCGUUAAACAAGUGCAUUGGCCAGUCCGUUUCGGUGCAGAAUUAAAAGUCCUGGGUUUCACCUUUAAAAACCCUAAACAGCUUGAGUCCACACAAUCUGAAAGACUGUAUCUGCUUAUAUAAACCAGCAUAAGCCUUAUGUUCUUCAGGGGAGGGCUUUCUCUCAGUCCUGCCAUCUUUGCAGAUGUGGUCGAUAGGACUCAGAGGAGAGCCUUCUCUGUGGCUGCUCCCAGACUGUGGAAAUCUGUUCUAUAGGAGGCCUGCGGGUGAAGACAUUUUUAUUAAGGCAUGCCUUUGAACUGUGAAUUUUAUGGAACAGUGGUGCAUGUUUAAAUGAUGUGCUGUUUUCUGAUCUUUUUAUUUUACUUUAAUUGUAAACAUCUUUUAAAUAUGUGUAAGGGUUUUAACUGUUUUUAGUAUGUUUUAAGUAAAAAUAAUAUUUAAAUCCUUUUUAACGUUUGUACAUUAAUG